AACUUCAUUACUAUCACUACUUGUUCUUACGUUUUUUUACUUUACACCUUGUUUAUAAGGUAUUUUGUUACGUUCUGUUACGAGUGCAAAUGUUUUACUUUUGAUUUAUAAUUAUUAAUUUGAUUUUCCAGCAGUCUCUCAGAAAUUAGUUUCAUACUAUUGUAACAUUAACAUUAAAAAUCAAAUAUUAUGGAAGUACUAUACCAUCAAACCAGUCAACUUAUUCAAGAAACAUCGGAUUUAUUUCAAAAGUUAGAUAAGAACCCUGCAAAUUGUGAUGAAAUAGAAAGUGCUAUUCAAUCAAAAAUCAAUGCAAUCAGUGCAAACUGUGAAAAGUUGGACAUAUAUGUGUAUAAAACCCCAAUCAAUCAAAGGCCUAUGGCCAAAAUGAGAGUGGAUCAAUUGAAAUAUGACAAUAAACAUAUUCAGGCUUCACUGACAAAUUCACAAAGCAAACGAAUAAGACGAGAACAAGAACGAUUAGAUAGAGAACAACUUUUAAAUAGAAGAUUUGGGCAUGAUCAUACAGAGAUCACUGUGGACUACUUGUCACAGGAACGUAAUUCAUUGCAAAAUUCACAUAGAAAUGUUGAUGAAAUGAUACACACAGGUUCAAACAUAUUGGGCACACUGAGGGGCAACAGGGAAACAUUGAAGGGCGCUCAUAGAAGACUGAUAGACUUGGCCAAUACUUUAGGAUUAUCAAACGCCACUAUUUCUUUGAUAGAGAGAAGAGUAUCACAAGACAAAUACAUACUGUUCGGUGGUAUGUUUCUUACGUUGACCAUUAUUGUGCUUGUCAUUAUAUACCUUACGUAGUCAAUAAUAUUUUAAAGGAGAAAAUAUAUAGAUAAGUACAAGUAGGGGUGGGUUAUAUAUUAAAUUUAUAUAUUUUAGUUACAAUAUCUAUAUACUCGUCCAAUAACGAAUAUGUUAAGUUUGUUAUCCAAAAAAUAAUAUUGCAUAACAGACUUCUAACAUAUUCUAAAAUAGAUAUCCGACCGAUAUGGGCGAUAUCGAAAUAGGUGAUGACCUUUUUCCGCCAUCAAUGUCCAAAGAACAUUGAUGACACUUUAUAUAGAGAUUUCUAGUUUCUAUUAAUUAUAUUAGAAUUUCUCUCCAACCUAUAAUUUUUUAUUAAUAAAUAUUUCACUUGCUUUAAAUAUAUUUGAAUUAUAUCAGUACAGUAAUUUUCAAUAAAUGUGAAGCAAAAUUGUUUUGGGCCGUGAUUAAUAUGAAACAGUAAAGUUAAUUGCAAAAGUAAGAAUACUAUAUACUAUUAAUUUAUGAAAAAUAUAUAUCAACUAUCUGCCCGAGACAGCUUUUGUCCACUCAGAUUUCACAUUACGUAAAUGUAGAAAUUUUUAGCUGUUUAAUAAAAGUUAUUUAUAUUGUAUGCAAUUGAUUUAAACUCAUAUCCAAAGUCUAAAAUAUGUUCGAAAUUAUAUACAUAAUCUUAAAAAUAAAUUAAUUUAACUUGGGUAAUAGUGGUUAUUAUUAUGUUGCCCUUCUGGUUAUAUAAUAUAGUUUCAACUAGCACAGAAACUAUAUUAAAAUACAAUUAUAUAGGUUAAGAUAAAUAAAAACACUAACAGCAAUUAUAGAACAAUAACUAAUUUAUAAUUAGUUGCUUAGAUAGGUUGUGUGCUAGUUGUGACUCGAUAUAACAAAGUAUAAUGGUUCUGAAACGCAACGUAAGACAUUAUUAUAAUACCUGUCGGCCAAUCGUCUAGAGUUGUAACUAGUCGACAUUCUAGUUUGUGACCGACAGUCUAAUUGUCUAGGCACUAAUUUAUUUAUUGUCCGAACUAUUCUAGUUUAUCUAUUGUUUUCAUUUUAUAAGAUAUUCUUAGGAAAUGGUUCCUACUGUAUUUUAUAUGCAGGCAUAUUAUUAUUUUGAUAAUAAUUAAAAAUGUUUGCAAUGAUUUUUCAUGUGUAAUGUAUGCAUUAAUCUUUGUUAGAUGUGUUAUAUGAUUACUUUUUUAUAUUAAGUCAUUAAAUAAUGCGUAUCAUAGAUACAUAUUAUUUCAUUAAAUGGGGUAUCAUUUCGCUUGUAUUGUACAACUUUGUACUAGACAAAGUUGCGGGUAAAUAAUUGUACAUAUACCAGUGUUUAUAAGUUGUUAAUAUUAUUAUUACAAAGUAAAAAAAUAUGCAAAAGUCCAACGUGUUUGUUAUUCGGUAAUAUGUCACCGUGAUUUAUAUUUUACACCCAUAUCAGCUACGCUACACGCCUACACUUUUCUGACUCGACAUUUUUAUUGGCUGACUGAAAAUAAAUAGACGUGGACUGUGAUAUUAUAAUGGACUUACAGUUCCAUAAUUUUGGAUAAGUAUGUGUUUAUCAUAAAUUAAACAUUUCUGAGUUGGAUAGAUAUUAUCUAAUUAUAUUUAGUACAUUGUUAAGAUUUUAUUAUUGUUUGAAUUUUAAGUUUUAAAUUUCUAUUUAGUGUUUCACUUCCUUAUGCACACUAAGCCAUUGUAGUUUUAGGAAUAUAUUUAAAAUAUUUAUCAGUUGCCUUAGGCUAGAGAAAAGUAUUUGUAAUACAUAUAUUAUUGAUCUAUGUUAAUAUUCAUGUACAAUUUACGAGUAUGUUUAUUUAUUAAAAUUAUUAUUGAAAUUCCAUAUUAGUAUCAACUGUAUUUAGAAAUAAAUAUAAGCAGAUUAUGUGGACAUAUUUAAAACGACAAAAAUAUAAGCUAUUGUAUACAUUUAUUUGUAAUUCACAAAUGCCUAUAUGAAUUUUAUUCAGACCACAAUCGAAUUUUUAAGUAUAAAAGGGCGUCUUUGUGUCACAGUGAUAUGUCAAAUAGAAAAUAAAGGGAUAGAUAUUAAUAAUAACUUGUACAAAUAUGUUAAACAUUUAAAAAUAAACAUGUUAUACUGUUACCGUAAAUUUAUGGCUAUAGAGUAACUAUUUUUAAUAUAUUGUUUUAAUUUUGCAA